AUGGCAGACACCCACACGAAUUUGGAAUUAGACGAGACAACUAUUGCCUCUGCUUCUCGCCAAUGUCUAGAGUCAUUUGAGACGUGCCUCGCACAAGCAUCGGUUGUCCAUCCCCGAGAGUUCUCGAGGGUGGAGGAUCAAGCAGCGAGGUUCUCUUCCUGGACAAGUGGUAUUGGCGUCUUUGCUCCUGGACGAGCAUCCAUGGAUCAUCGGCUACGAUGCUCUCCUGAUGUACAGAGUGUCGCCAUAUGCUUGCUAUAUUCAUUAAACCACCGCAUUCGAAAAUGUUCUAAUAUUAUAGAUGGUCAUGUCAAGAAUCCAGAAUCAGAUGUCUCGGACCUAACUAAACCACUGGAGCGAUCUUGUAAUGACAUCGCAUCGGAAAUCCGUCAUCUUCACAAAUUGUCAAACAUAAUUCGAAGAAGUGGCAAGGAAAAUCAAGCGUUGAAAAUGAAGAAUUUUCAGGCCACGGAUGAAGAUAAAAACAUUUAG